AGAUUAUUAAGAUAUUUUACAAAAAAAAACUAAAUUAAAAUAAUGGAAAAAGUUGGAUUACAAUACAAAAUCGAGUGCUAAAAUCACAAAGGAAACUACUUAGAAGCAAUAAACAUAGCACAAGAUUUAAAUGGCUAGCAUUUAAAAUGCAUAGAAUGCAUUUAAGAUGAGAAUAUCUCACCAAAUUUAUUUAUUCCGAUCAGUAAAAUUGAGCAUUGCAAUGAAUAAACAAUACUAUCAAACUGGCCUCCAUUAAAUGAUGGUUUGAUAAAAAGACUGAGCCUCCAAACAAGAGAAUAAAAUGAAUAAGUGAAUAAAGUAAGAGAAUAAGUAAUUUAAUUUUUUAAGGCAUUCAGAUAGGAUUUUCUGGAUGCUAUCUCUGAAAAAGAAAAGGAGUCUUUGCAAAUAUUAGAUAAGCAUUAUGAAAAGAUCAAUAAACAUAUUGAUACUUACAAUUAAAUAUCAUCAAAAGAAGACAUUAAAAAAAUACUACAUCAAUACGAGUAGAAUUAAGUUUCUUCUGAUUAAAGUUUGGGAAAAUUAAUAUCUUUAAAGUAUCAAUAAAAAAAGGAAAACUCUUAGAUUCUUGAUGAAGCUUUGUAAGACUCAGCUUUAAAUUUGCUAGUUGUAAACGAUAUUUCUAGUUUCAAAUUAGGUGUUUUAAAGGCUAUUUAAAAUUAUAAUGUAGUAAAUUCUACUAAAUAAGUUCCUUAAGCAGAAGUUCCUAUAUCUACAAGCAAAAUGAAUCAACACAAUUAAUAUAGUUAAAACGAAAAGAGUCAAUAAUAAAUAAAGUAGUAGCUUUAGCAGAAAUAAAGUGAUCUAUAUUCUAAAAAUUAUAGCGUUUCUUCUAUCUAGAAAACUAAUUAAUAUGAAUAAUAAGGAUAAUUAUAAAAUAUUUAACAUGAAAUAUAGUUUAACUAGUCAUUCAAAAAGAACCUGUUACAAGACUAAUUUAAUUAACACAAUCGAAUAUUAGAUAAUAAUAGUAAAAAUUUUCAUGGAGUAAGCAAUAGAAAGAUAAACUUUGAAAUGUUGAGCUCGAGAUUUGAGCAAUCAGAUUAGGCAGUUGUAUGGAAAAACGAAAAAGGUUAGGUGGUAAUAAAAAAUUUGUACUAAUAAUGCAUUCAAUUAUAUAGUGAUUUUCUAAUAGAAAUAAACUAAAUGUAUGUGAUCGAUAUAGAUAUCUACAAUAUCAGUGAAUCUGGUGAGUAAUACAUUGGAUUAAUUAAAGAGAGUAUAAAGGAUGAAAAGCAUUUAAAUAAAUCUUUUGCUUGUUUUCUCCCUACAGAAGACGUUUGGAUAGAUUCUUUUUCAAGCGUCAUAUCUGGGCAUAGAAUCAGACACAUUUAAUAGGAAGAUCCAAUUUAGAUCUAAAUUCAAAUAUACCUUAAAGAUAGGUAUGUCAGAUUUAUUGAUUUAGUUGAUCCAAACAAUAUAAUUUAAAUUAAGUCGUAAAACUUAGAUUUAAGUGAGCAUUAUAAAUUAAGCACUCAUCUAUGCAAAUAAGAUGAUACGAUAGUUGUAAGAUAAGUUUAAAUAGUUAACAGUUUUGAUUUUGCUGGUAAAGAAUGA